AUGGAACAGAAUCUAAAGUCACAACGCGUCACUUUUACUGAAUCAGAAAAAAUCAAACUAUCUUCAUCAAACAAAGUUCACAACUUCACUUCCAUACUACUGCCACCUGAUGCCAUCUCUUUACUUAACAAAGGAACUAACUUUAUCCCCACUACCACCACCACACCAAGCAUCGCUUCUCUCCAAAAAACUAUGGAAUCUGAAGUCAACGCAGCCCUCUGUUCACUUAUCCGCAGGAAAAACUACAUUACCAAGCUCAAAGCAUCCAAAACUUCCAAAUCACUUCUCCGUUUCCAUCCUUACCACAAGCAGACGCAUCCUCUUCUUUUACUACAUCAAGAACAAUCACGGCCUCACUUCAACCUUCACCUCAUUGACUAUGUUCAUAAUACUGUUUCUCUCACUAGAGAAUUUUUGCAACCUGCUAAAUUGCGUUCUAUCAUUUAUCCUAAAUUAUGUAACACCCACCUACACACCACAUCUUACAUUACAGACGUACAGAACGACAAUGACAUAAUACUUACAGUUUCUGACAAAAACACGGGUUGGGCUCUUGUGCCUACUUCAUGGUUCUCCACCGAGUACAAACCACAUCUCUCUGACUUUUUUACCUACAGACGUAUCAACAACUCUAACUGUAAACAAAGCAUCAGAGACUCCCACACACUACUUGGCCAACUCAAAAAAUGA